AUGUCGGCUCCUGCCGGGUCGCCUCAUCAGGCCACCAACGCCCGUAUCCCGCCCAAACUCGGCGGUGGCGCUGCCGCAGGAGCCGACGUGCCCUCGGGCCCAGGCCCGGCGCAGCACCAGCAGAACGGUCCAGCACAGAAUCAAAUGCAGAUUUCUUCUGGGUAUGGAUUACAUCCUCAAAACUAUGUUGCUCCCUCAGGACAUUACACUCAAGGACCUGGGAAAAUGACCUCAUUGCCAUUGGAUAACCAGUGUGGUGAUUACUACUCUGGUCUCUACACAGUCCCAACACAAAAUGUUGGAGCUCCUAGCACAGUGAGCCAGCAACCAGGAGCACAGCAGAUGUAUGGCAGGGGCCCUCCUGCUCCUCAUACUGGAUCCACUUCGGGAUCUUUCCAAGGUGCUGCAUCUUCAGCAUCCCAUUUGCAUACGAGUGCCUCCCAGCCAUACCCUUUUGUGAAUCACUUCAAUAAUCCAGCCAUGUACUCUGCCAACUCUUCUGUUGCUUCUCAGGGAUUUCCCUCAACUUGUAGUCAUUAUGCGAUGUCAGCUGUCACUAAUGCUGCUUAUCCUAGUGUUUCAUAUCCCUCUCUGCCUACUGGUGAUCCUUAUGGACAAAGGCUUACCUCACAGAAUGCUCCGACUGUCAGAUCGGUUGAAGGUAAUUCAUUAUUGUCUGGUCAGAAUACCCCUAUCAGUCAUCCAUCACCACUUCCACCUCCAUCAUCAUCAUCACAACAGCACUACCAGCAGCAGAGUCUUUCAGGAUACAAUACUCCAUCGUGGUCAGCUCCAGGCCUUCAGUCAGCCCAAGACAGUGUCAUGCGAAACCACAUUGGAUCCUUGGCUACAACCCGCAAUAACCCAGCACAUACUGUUGCAGAUUCUUUAUCCAGUCCUGUUAUGCAAAAUAUCCAGCCUCCCAAGCCAAGCCCUGCAGUAUCCACUGUUUUGUCAGGAACCUCGGCAACACGACCACCUCCUGCUGCAAAUCACCCAGUUACACCAGUGGCAUCUGCCACGCAGCUGCCAGACAUGCAACAGAAAGGCAUGCAGUAUGGUGAAUAUGUUAAUAAUCAAGCUAGCUCCUCACCAACUCCCUUGUCAUCAACUUCCGAUGAUGAGGAAGAGGAGGAUGAGGAUGAGGAAGCAGGUGUAGACAGCUCUUCUACCACAAGCAGCGCUUCUCCAAUGCCCAACAGUUAUGAUGCCUUAGAAGGAGGUGGCUAUCCAGAUAUACUUUCCUCAUCAACGAGCAGUCCUGCUCCUGAUCCGGCCCCUGAACCUGAUCCUGCCCCAACUCUGGCUCCAGCUGCUCCUCAGCCGACAAAAAUGACUAAACCUUUUGGUUAUGGUUAUCCGACUCUUCAGCCUGGUUAUCAGAAUGCUGCAGCACCACUUAAUUCUGGAGUACAGUCCAAUAAUCCAGUGUAUUCUGGAUAUCAGCAGUAUCCUCAACAGUAUCCUGGAGUGAACCAGCUGUCCUCUAGUCUAGGAGGAUUGAGUCUUCAGAGUUCUCCACAACCAGAAAGUUUAAGACCUAUAAACCUUACACAAGAGAGGAAUAUUUUGCCCAUGACACCGGUUUGGGCUCCUGUACCUAACUUGAAUGUAGAACUCAGAAAAUUAAAUUGUAGCCCAGAUUCAUUUCGGUGUACAUUGACAAAUAUCCCACAGACACAGGCUUUACUGAAUAAAGCUAAACUUCCUCUAGGAUUGUUGUUACAUCCUUUUAGAGACUUAACGCAAUUACCAGUUAUAACAUCAAACACCAUUGUGAGAUGCCGAUCUUGUCGAACAUAUAUCAACCCUUUUGUCUCCUUCAUUGACCAGCGUAGAUGGAAAUGCAAUUUGUGCUACAGAGUUAAUGGUGUUCCUGAAGAAUUUAUGUAUAAUCCCCUCACUCGAUCAUAUGGUGAACCUCAUAAACGACCAGAAGUUCAGAAUUCAACUGUGGAGUUCAUUGCCUCUUCAGAUUACAUGCUUCGUCCUCCUCAGCCUGCAGUUUACUUGUUCGUUUUAGAUGUAUCCCAUAAUGCAGUAGAAGGUGGAUAUUUAACAGUUUUGUGCCAGUCACUAUUAGAAAACCUGGACAAACUUCCUGGAGAUUCAAGAACAAGAAUAGGAUUUGUUACCUUUGAUAGCACUAUUCAUUUCUAUAACUUACAAGAAGGAUUAUCACAACCUCAGAUGUUGAUUGUGUCUGAUAUAGAUGAUGUUUUCCUACCUACACCAGAUAGCUUACUUGUGAAUCUACAUGAAAGUAAAGAGCUUAUAAAAGACUUAUUGAAUGCAUUACCAAAUAUGUUCACCAACACAAGAGAAACACACAGUGCCCUUGGUCCUGCGCUUCAGGCUGCCUUUAAAUUAAUGUCUCCGACAGGUGGCCGUGUGUCUGUAUUUCAGACACAGUUACCUUCCAUGGGUGCAGGACUUCUACAGUCCAGAGAAGACCCUAAUCAGAGAUCAAGUACAAAGGUUGUUCAGCACCUUGGCCCUGCAACUGAUUUUUAUAAGAAACUUGCUUUAGAUUGCUCAGGACAGCAGACUGCAGUGGAUCUGUUCCUUUUAAGUUCACAGUAUUCUGGCCUGGCUUCUCUAGCUUGCAUCUCCAAGUAUUCUGCAGGAUGUAUUUAUUAUUAUCCAUCUUUCCAUUGUACUCACAAUCCUUCACAAGCGGAAAAGUUACAAAAAGAUUUAAAACGUUACCUCACAAGAAAAAUUGGAUUUGAAGCUGUUAUGAGAAUAAGGUGUACUAAAGGUCUUUCAAUGCAUACUUUGCAUGGAAACCUUUUUGUUCGUUCUACUGAUCUGUUGUCCCUGGCCAACAUCAAUCCUGAUGCAGGAUUUGCAGUGCAGCUGUCAAUUGAAGAAAGUUUGACAGAUACUUCUUUAGUGUGCUUUCAGACAGCCCUAUUAUAUACAUCAAGUAAAGGUGAGUGGAGGAUUAGAGUACACACACUUUGUUCACCAGUGGUAAGUUCACUAGCAGAUAUAUAUGCAGGAGUGGAUGUACAAGCCGCAGUCUGCCUUCUAGCAAAUAUGGCUGUGGAUCGAUCUAUUUCAUCAAGUCUAUCAGAUGCAAGAGAUGCCUUAGUGAAUGCAGUGGUGGAUUCCUUAUCUGCGUAUGGCUCAACUCUCUCAAACUUGCAGCACACUGUGUUGAUAGCACCUAGUUCCCUCAGAUUGUUUCCUCUCUAUGUUUUGGCUCUUCUCAAACAGAAAGCAUUUAGAACUGGUACAAGUACCCGCCUUGAUGAUCGUGUGUAUGCCAUGUGCCAGAUAAAGUCCCAGCCACUUGUUCAUCUAAUGAAAAUGAUUCAUCCCAAGUUAUACAGGAUAGACAGAUUGACAGAUGAGGGUGCAAUUCAUGUCAAUGACAGGGUUGUACCUCAGCCACCUAUUCAAAAAUUGUCUGCAGAGAAGCUGACAAGAGAAGGUGCUUUCCUUAUGGACUGUGGCUCUAUUUUUUACAUUUGGAUUGGAAAAAGCUGUGACAAUAACUUCAUAGAGGAUGUGCUUGGAUAUCCUAAUUUUGCAUCAGUACCACAAAAAAUGACACAUCUUCCAGAGCUAGAUACUCUUUCAUCUGAAAGAGCUAGAUCUUUUAUAACUUGGCUUAGAGACAGUAGACCAUUAAGCGCAGUU